AUGUUACUAACUUUGAUUACUUACUACCACUUAAGAGUCAAAAAUUUGUAUUAAUAAAAAAUUUUUAUAAUAAUUAUAAUUUUGUAAUGAGAUAUUUUAUAAAAUUUAACAAAUCCUACAUUUUAGACAUAAAUUUUAAAUUUUUUCAAAUAUUUUCAAAAUUUUGAUUUUUUUAAUCGACAAUUGUUUUCCUUUAAGAGCGACCAAGAUUUUUCUGCUGCUCUCUUAAGGGAGAGGAUUAGUAAAAACUUUUUUUCAUAAAAUCAUUUAUUUUUAUAUAUAAAUUAACUUGUAUGAAAUUAUUUUAAUUUUCAAAAGAUUAAGAAGAAAAGAAAUUGAAAAUUCAUGAAAUAAACUAGAAACAAGUUUCUCAACAAAUCGAAGCCCAAUCAUAACAACACCAAGAGAUAUGAGGCCAGUAAGCACGCAGCCUUCUAAGCGCACUAAAAACACAACUGAAAAUGAUAUUUCUUUCACAUCAAAUCGCUCCAACAUUGUUAUCCAAACUAAAAAUGAGGCAUCCUUAAAUGAAUCAGCGCCUCUAUCCUUUUCACCUAGGAUUCCCAGACCAAAAAGCACACAGCCAGCUAAACGAAUGAAAAACAAACUUGAAAAUGAUGCCAAAUUUAUAUCAUCAAAUCGAUCAAAUAAUUUUAUUCCUAUUAAACUCGACUUAAAUGACUCUGUUAUAUAUUCAACACCACGACCCUUAACUGCUCUAUAUUCAGCUUCCCCAAUCAAUAAAACAUUAGCUUCAUUUUUACCUCAAGAAGCUGUCCAGGGGCUCACUUUAAUGCAACUUCACCAAAUUUAUGAAGCGAAAUGCAGUGAUUUAAACAUUCCACUACUUUUUGACCAAGAAAAACGAUUUUUCAGCUGUUGCUUUAAACAUUUUAUGAAUAGAAAAAUUAUUUUAGAAGAAACCGGAAUUGGUCCGAAUGCUGCCAAAGCAAUUGGUGAAACUUUGAGAAAUAAUACUGAGUUUGCUUACUUAUAUUUACUCCCCCCUCCGUGAGUGAACAAAAAAAAUUUUGUUCACUCACAGAGAUUAAUUUUGUUUCUCAAAAUUUAAAAAAAAAUCCUAAUUUGCAAAAAUUGGGAAGCAAAUGUUAAUUUAAUUUAUAAAAUUUAUGUUUUAAAACGCAAUUUGUUUAAAAAUAAACAGAAUUAGCUCGAGAUUUCAUUAUACUAGUUAUCACUUAUAUAUCAAAUUUUUGUUCACUCACGGAGUGUGGUUUUUGCGCAAAAAAUAGGGGAUUUUUCCAAUGGUUUUCUUCACCACGGAGGAGGGAGGAGUUAGGAAAAAAUUUGAUGGGAGACAUAGGAGUCAUCGUUUUAGCUAGGCUUCUUUGUAAAAAUAUGUCAAUCGUGCAUUUGGAUAUUAGCAGUAAUGAUAUUACUCCUGAAGGAGCAGCAACUGUAAUUAAUUUGAUAGCAAACCAUUGAAGCAUUACCAGUUUAAAUAUUUCAUCACACGAAGGAUUGCAUAGAAACCGACUUGGGGCAUAUGGUGCUGCAGCAGUUAAAAGAGCAUUAACUUGUAGCAGUGUUUUAGGAUUUUUAAAUAUCGCUGGAACAUCUAUUGGAACUGAAGGGUUUGAGUAUAUUAUAGAAGGAUUAAAAAACAAUAGAAGCCUUGUUUCCCUAACUCCCCCUCCCCAUCCUUGAUCGAACGACUCGCCAUCGUUCGAUCAAGGAUGGGGGUUAAAAACAAUUUUCUUGGAAAAAAAAAUUUAUAUAAAAAAUGAAAAAGAUAAAUAUAGAUUAUUUUUAUUUACUUUUAAAUAAGAGUGUUAAGAGUAUUUAAUAAUUAUUUUUACAGCAAAAAAAUUGAAUUAAUUUCAUAAAAUACCAAUUUUUAAUAUUUUGAUUUAUUAGUUACCCUUUUAAACUCUAUAAAUUUUAAUUUAAAUUAAAUUUUUUUUAAAAAAUUUUAAAGAAUCUCUAUUUUAUUAGAUUAUUGAGUUUUUAAGCCUAGGUUGAUGACUAAAUCACUUCGGAUGGUUGAUUUCGCAGCUUUCUGUCGUCUCAAAGCUCUGAAAACAACUUCAUUAGGCACAUCUUCCAAAGCUUUUGAUAACUAAUAUUUUUUAUAUAUAUAAAAAUUUGCAUGAUAUGAAAAUCGUUCGAUCAAGGAUGGGGGUUAAUUUCCCCAAUUUUUAGGAAUUUUUACAGUCAAUCGUUCGAUCAAGGAUGGGGGGGAGUAAGCAUUUCAAAUAAUAGUCUUGGCCCAAAUUUGAUGGAAAAAUUUUCACAAUCUAUAGUAAAUUCUAAUUUGCAAAUUUUAGAUCUUUCGAGCAACCAAAUAGGAAAUGAAGGUUCUGAAAAAAUAGGAAACAUGAUCAUGGGUGCUUAUAAUGGUGCCUGCCCAGUAAAAACUUUAAAUUUAUCUAAAAAUGAUAUAUCAACUAGAGGAGCUUCAUAUAUUUUUAGUUCUUUAAGAAGAAAUAGCACAUUGAAAACUUUGAAUCUUGGAAAUAACCCUAUGGUUUAUGGACCAUCUCAACAAUUUUUUGCAUUUUUGACAGAUAAUGUAUGUCUAAACUCAUUAAAUCUGUCAAACUGCGAGCUUAAAUCAGAAGGAAUUCAUAUGUUUGCAGAAGGAUUGGCUAAAAAUCAAGCAUUAAAAGCCUUAAUACUCAGCGGAAAUGAAAUUAAUGACCAAGGCACUGAAUCAAUUUCUUAUGGAAUAGCUAGAAAUACAAAUUUAAAAUUCUUAGAUUUGAGUAGCAAUAAAUUAAAAAAUAAAUCAGGCAUUGCCCUAGCUCAAGCCCUAAAAUUGAACCAAACCCUAUCCGAACUAAAUUUACGAGAAAAUAAUUUAAAAGAUGAAGCAGGACAAAUAUUAAAUGAAGUUUCUAGAUAUAACACAAAAAUUUCGCAUCUUAACUUAGACCUCAACCCUAUAAGCUUCAAAUAUUUAAAUGAUAUCAAGCUUAACCUGAAGCGCAAUCAAGAACUAGGAAGGAAAAAAAUUGUCCCAAAGCUGAAAAAAGAAAUAGAAACUAUGCUAAUGGCUGAUGAAACAUUGGAAAACGUCCAAUGAAAAAUCAGAGCAAAAAAAAAAGAAUAUGAAGAAUGAGAAGAAAAAUAUGAACAGAAAAAUGCCAGAUUAGAAGAAAUUAGGAUAGAAGAAACUGUAAAAUACGAAGAAGUGAAGGAUGAGCUGCAAGCUUUAGCUUUUCCUUCUUUUUAGAGCAAGUAGAAAAAUCUCUCUUGCAUUUAUUUUUUAAGAAAUAUAUAUUAAAAUUAUAUAUAAAAAAAAAUUGUUUUUGGAUUUAAAAAAAAUUCCAAUUGGAAAAAAUCUAAUUUAUAAUGCAAGCAGUCUAAAUUUAAUAGUAUCAGCUAUAGAUCUCGUCAUAGCAAUUAUUAAUUUUAUUCAAUUUCUAAAAACAUUAUUUGUUUUGCUCGCUCUAAAUUGGGGAGUAAGAGAUAUUAAUUAUCAAAUCAGUGAAAAUUUAAAUAAAAUAGCAGGAGAAACUCAUACAGAGAAAAUUAAAAGUGAAAAAGAAAUUAGCAAUUGAGGAGAAAAGAUUUUUAAAGUGACCGAUGAAAUAUUAAUAUUCAUUCAGCUGCUGGUAAAUAAAUGGAUUAAAAUCCUAAUAAGAUAAUCAUUAGAAAUUAAUAUAAAAAAAUUUGAAAAACAAAGUAAAAAUAAUUUAGGACAAAAUUUAAAAGAAGAAGCUAUGUUCAGGCAUGGAAAAGUUUAUGAGUCUUUAGGAAAGUUUAGAGAGCAGCUAGAGCAAGAAGAAUAUAAAAAAGCAAGCGCAGAAAAAAGUUUAAAGAUUCUUGUAAACAGACUAGAAAGCAGUAGAAAAAACUCAAGUAGCGUAAGGAGUCCUCAUAAAUUGCAUGAGCCGAAAACCUACUUACUCCCCCCCCCCUCCGUGAGCGAACAAAAAAUUUUGUUCGCUCACGGAGGGGGGUUAAUUUUUUUUUUUUUAAAAAAAAUUUAUAUAUAAAUUUUAUAAAAAAUAUUUUUUUCGAAAUUUAAAAAAAUCCUAAUUUGCAAAAAUUGGGAAGCAAAUAUUAAUUUAAUUUGCAAAAUUUAUGUUUUUAAAACGCAAUUUGUUUAAAAUUAAACAGAAUUUAGCUCUAGAUUUCAUUAUACUAAUUAUCACUUAUAUAUCAAAAUUUUUUUUCCAUUAAAAUUUUUUCUAUUAAAAAAAUUUUUGUUCACUCACGGAGGGUGGGUUUUUGGUCAAAAAAUGGCGAUUUUUUCUAAUGGUUUUGUUCGCUCACGGAGGGGGGGGGGGGGAGUUAGCAAGCGAAAAGCUAGCAUUCGAGAAAAAGGAAAUGGCAAAAAGCCCUUUAAAAGAAGUAAACGAGGCAAAGCCUUCAAAAUUAAAAAAACCAAGAAGUAAAUCACAAAAAACUCCCCUGCCGCCAUGAUUGAGCGAACAACAUUUUUUGCUCCCUUAUGGAGGAGUUAAAUAG